CACUUAUUCUGGACUCACACCGAGAGCAGAGGAGCUAGGACUUGUUGGGGGGACUUUGCGAUGAUUUGAGCUGCAUGAAUUCAAAGCAGAAACAAACGACUAAAGAAAACCUCAUGUCAGGAAUGGGUUAAUGAUCUCUGUCCAUUAUGCUGAGGUGGAAGAAUUGAUCAUCUGUAGCUACAUCAUGUUUCCGCACGGACAAGAAGAUCUGUAGAUAACUUUGGGCUGGUGCUUCUCUCCUGGAUCUCUUUUGGAAGUUGCUGAGAGAUUGGCAACCGACAUGCCCGCUUUUUCCACAAGGAGGUUUCCCAUGCCAGCUCUCUUUCACUCAAAACCCUUCUACCUCCUCUUGAUUCUUUGUGUUUGUGUGGCAGCUUGGCCACAUGGAGACAGCUGCCCGAGCUCUGAGUGGAGCGCAAUGUGUCGUCCGUGUUGCGAGUACCAGCUGAUCCAGUGUCGCUGUCCCUCCAAAGGGUCAAGGGUGGGCUACACUGUUCCCUGCUGCCGCAAUGCUCUGGAUCAGUGUGACCCCUGCAUCUUUCAUCCAGGCUGCAGUCUGUUUGAAAACUGUAAAACAUGCAACAAUGGUACAUGGAGAGCCAAUGAUGACUUCUUUGUCAAUGGAAAGUUUUGUACUGAGUGUCGCCAAGGCUGGAGUGGAGGCGACUGUAAAACGUGUGGAGGAGUCGUUCAGCGGACUCAGGGUCACAUCGCCCUGGAGAGUUACCCGACUAACGCCCGAUGUGAGUGGAUAGUGCAGGUGGAGAGGGGCAGCAGCAUCCAGCUGAGGUUCACACAGCUCAGUCUGGAGUCCGACCAUAACUGUCGUUAUGACUACGUCGAGGUGCGUGACGGAGACAAUCUGAACUCUCCUGUGAUUGGCCGGUUUUGCGGGGAUCGGCUGCCUCCUCCAAUGAAGAGCUCUGGGAACUUCUUGCACAUUCUGUUCUCCUCGGAUGGCUACAACAACUUCGACGGAUUUGUUCUCACUUUUCAGGAGAGUUCAGUGUCAGCUGUCAAGAAUCCAUUUUGUACACCACCAGAGAGACCGCUGAAUGGGUACCUGCUGCCUGUGUAUAGCCUAAAGGAGCAGCUAGUAUCAGUAAACUAUCGCUGUCAUUCACCUUUCACACUGAUCGGCUCCCAGCAGAGGAUCUGUCUGCCCAACAGCACAUGGAGCGGCACAGCUCCCACAUGUGUAGAAGGCCACACAAGCAGAAUCCAGUGCUCCCCACCACCUAAAUUGCUCAAUGGCUACCACAGAUCUACUCCUAACACAGCUGGAGGUGCAGAGACCAUUGAGUUUUUCUGCAAAAAGUCUUACAUUCUGAGCGGGAACCACCAGAGUUUCUGCCACACUAAUGGAUCCUGGAGUACCAGGCCACCCAAGUGUGUAAAAGUCCCUACAGCAUGUCGAGAGCCCAAAGUGUCCGAACUUGUGCGGCAAAAUGUUGUGAAGCCCCGUCAGAGAUCAAGGUACAGCAUGGACGAUUUGUUAUCAGCCGGUUUCAUCCCGCUGACGUUUGAUAAACACUCAAAAGAGGAGGACUCGGUGGACCUGCCUCGUGGAUUUCACCCCGUCUACACCAGCAUUGAGUACAAGUGUGCCUCCCCGCUCUACAGGCACACAGGAAGCUCCCGACGCACCUGUCUGAAGACGGGCAGGUGGAGUGGAAGCCAUGUUUCCUGCUCACCAGUUUGUGGCAAAGUCAACGCUUCCAACGCACACAACCUCACAGACACUCAGUGGCCGUGGCAUGCAGCCGUCUAUAUCCGCUCGCCUCCUGAUCACACAGCCAGCACCCACACGCCCCGUGGAAAAACCAUGUCCAUCCAGCAGGGGGCCUCAGAGGAGUCCACAUUCUGGUCUCUGGCCUGCAGCGGGGCUCUGCUCACACAGCGGAGCGUCCUGGUGGCAGCUCAGUGUGUGGUAAACAAGGACAAGCUGCAGACCCUUCACCCGGCACAUGUGAAGGUUGUCAUUGGCGUGCAGCACCAGGGGUCCUCCAAUCGUUUGAAGGGCCUGCACCACCUCAGGGUUUCAGACAUUUUAGUUCAUCCAAAUUUCGACUCUGUAUCUGCCUCCGACGUGGCUGUUCUCAAGCUAAGAGACAAGAUCAGGAUCAGUGAGCGUGUGCUGCCAGUUUGUCUGCCCAAAGUUCAAGGGGGAGAGGUGACGCCGCAGGAGGCUUACACAGCGAGGUGGAUUUCACCAAACGAUGGCACGCACCUGACCCGAUACACUCCCAAGAGCCAGACCCGACUUGUCCAGUUGGGUGAUGUUGCACAAUGCGAGGCAGCAUUUGUUCAAGGAGGAGCACACACGACGAUGAUAAACGAUAACAAACUGUGUGUCAUAAGGAAGCCGUCCAGUCCUCAGACUCCUUGUCCCGGUGUUAUUCCAGGCAUCACAGUCACUCCAGCUGUGUUUUCAACAACACGAGGUGAUUUAUUUGAGCAUGAGGAGACUCUGGGAUCGUCCAGUACAGACUGGCAACUUCUCAGUUUAGAGAGUGUCAACAAUGAUAAAAGACACUGCAACCAUCAGAUUUACACAGCUCAGACACGAAUAGCAAACUUUUUGGACUGGAUAGAGGAGAACAUGAAGUAGAUUCGUUAUUUUCUCAGUAUUUAAUGAAAAAUGUACUUUCAGCAAACUCUUAAUUGGUCAUUUAUUUCCACUUUUGUAACUCCCACAGUUGGAGGAAAAGGUGGAGAUGUCAGCUGUAUCAAUAUCAUGUGAUGUUAGAACUGGCGCUCAACCUGUAUCUCUCUUAUGUGUGCAUGCUGUUCUUCUUCUGUGUUUGAGCCACCUCCACUUUAAACAAACUCAACGUAGCUGCUUAAAAACCCCACACCCACAUACUCUUAUUCUUUGGCUGUAGCCUCAUGUCUCUGGAGUGUUCUUUUAAAGGAUAAAAUUGAAGAUUGUUUAUCAAAAAAUAAAGCAACCCUCCAUAUGCUAUGAUGAGCAUAAGAUGCUCAACAUAUUUCUGAACUCUGCAGAGGUUGGUGGCAUUAUUUCUUGCAAGAAAACCAGUACUGAAAUACUAAUAUAAAUGUACUAAUAAUCUUUUACACCAUGUGCUUGAUUUGUGUCCAAACUCAAAGUGAGCUGACUAUAAACGGUCUGCCAUCAAAUUUGUAUUUCUCACUUGUGUAUUACUUUACAACAUUAUUUGCAUGAGUAGAAUUAGGACAGUGUACAUUAACAUGUGAGCAAUACUUCACCAUGCAAAUAUGAAGGAAUUAGCCCUAUCACUAAAUGUCAUCUGUACUAUGGCAGGCUAUUUAUAAAUACCAUAAAACAAUACACUGUGAUGUUAUUUACGGGGCGGCAGUAGCUCAGUCUGUAGGGACUUGCGUUGGGAACCGGAGGGUCGUCGGUUCCAUUCCUGGUGCCGAUCAAAAUCUGGUAAUAUGUCUGGUACUGUAGCUGGAGAGGUGCCAGGCCACUUCUUGAGCACUGCCAAGGUGCCCUUAAACAAGGCAGCGAAACUCCCCCCACUAGCUCAGGAGUGCUCGCUGUGGGCAGCCCCCCCUCACUCUGACAUCUCUCCAUUAGUGCAUGUCUCUAGGAUUCUGUUUGUGCAUGUGUGUGUAUUUAAGCCUAUGUGUGUGUGCAGCAUGUUCAACAACAACAGAGUGUUGAGUUGAAUUUGCCCUUGCGGGAUUAAUAGUAUAUUAAAAGUAUAUCUUUGUCUUCUAAUAUAAUAUAAUAUAACAUAAUAUAAACUUUGUUAAAAGGUUUAACAGCUGAGUGCUUCAAUCUUUAAUCGUAUCUCUAGACAAAAGGUACACUUUUGUGUGCAAGUGCAUGCAUAUGCUAAUUUUCUGCAAAAGGUGGUCUCAUAAACGUCUGAACACCAAAACAAUAAAACAACUAUAGCUUAAAUGUG